UUCUCUCUUGGCUCACCAGAGAUCACACUUAGUGAGGAAACCCUCAGGACACUUGCUGUGGCCUCCAGUCUCUCCUCUCCACACAGUCAGGAUCGCUUGGUUGUCAUGUGAAGAUGUGACAGCAAUUGUGGAGGGCAGAGUUUGGAGGAAUUUAAAAGAAAACGCUCUUCCUUCUGGUACGCUUUGUAUCAUCCCAAUAACACAGGUACCUGAGCAGAGUGUCAGGAGUCAGGACAGACAGACCCAGGGUCACAGCAGCAAUGGCUUCAUCAGUCCUGGUGAUGAUCAAGGAGGAGGUGACCUGUCCUGUCUGCCUUGACCUCAUGGUGGAACCUGUGAGUGCCGAUUGUGACCACAGCUUCUGCAGAGCCUGCAUCACACUGAACUAUGAGUCCAGCAAGGGCAAAGAAGGGGAGGGCAUCUGCCCUGUGUGCCAAGUUACUUACCUGUUUGAAAAUCUGAGGUCUAAUCGACAUGUGGCCAACAUAGUGGAGAGGCUCAAGGAGUUCAAAUCCAGCCCAGAGGAGGAGCAGAAGGUCAAUGUCUGUGCACAACAUGGAGAGAAACUCCAACUCUUCUGUGAGAAGGACAUGGUGGCCAUCUGCUGGCUUUGUGAGAGAUCUCAGGAUCACCGUGGUCACCAAACAGCUCUCAUUGAAGAGGUGGCCCACAAGUACAAGGAGAAGCUACAAGCAGUUCUGAAAACUCAGAUGGCAAAUGAGAAAACAUGUGAUGAAUCGAAAGAUUAUCUUCAAAAGGAAAUAACUUAUUGGGUGAACCAAAUUCAGAGUGAAGAAGAAAAUGUUCAGAUGAAGUUUAAAGGACUGCGGGAAUUCCUGGACUCCAAGGAGGAGAAUGAGCUGCAGAAGCUGAUGCAGGAGAAGGAAGGCAUCAUGAACAGCCUGGCAGAGUCUCAAACUGAGCUGGAGAAGCAGAGGGAGGCAGUGAGAGACCUCAUCUCAGAUGUGGAGCAUAAGUUGCAGUGCUCAGCCUUUGAAAUGCUGCAGGGUGUGAAUUCUGUCCUAACAAGGAGUCAUACCUUCAGACUGAAACUACCCAAAAUGGUCCCAAGAAAACAGAGAAGGAUCUUCCGAGCUCCAGAUGUGAAAGGCAUGCUGCAAGUGUUUCAAGGGCUCAUGGAUGUCCAACUCUACUGGGUUCAUGUGACCCUGCGUCAAGUGCAUAAUAAAAACAUUGUCAUUACCUUGGACAAAAGACAAAUACAACAUCGAAAAGAUUUUAGAAGAAAUUUGCAAGUUUCUGAGACCUUUGAUUUAGGUGUCCUUGGAUAUCCAGCUAUGCAGUCAGGGAAACAUUACUGGGAAGUAGACGUGUCUGGGUGUGAUGCCUGGCUCCUGGGAUUAAAUGAUGGAAGACGUGCUCAACCCCAACUUCAUUCAAUGAAUAAAAAGGGCAUCAAAGUCAAACAGAAUUCUGGUAUUAAACAACAUGUAAAUUAUCAACCUAACUUUGCCGGAUACAAAUUAUGUUUUGAUGAUAAACAAUUUGAUUAUCUACCUAAAUAUGAAGUUAAAGAUGAUUCUGAUGUUAAGCAGCAUGUAAAUUAUCAGCCUAAACAUGGCUACUGGGUUAUAGGUAUGACAAAAAGGUCUGUAUAUAAUGCAUUUGAGCAGUGUUCAGUUACCUAUAACGCCAGUAUCUUGGUUCUCUCUCUGACUCAUCCUCCCAGUCGUGUUGGAGUUUUCCUAGACAGAGAAGCUUGCACUCUCUCAUUUCAUGAUGUUUCCAACCAUGGAGUGCUCAUCUAUAAAUUUUAUGAACCCUCCUUUCCUGAUGCAGUUUAUCCAUAUUUUAACCCUAUGGCAUGUUCAGAACCAAUGACAGUCUGUGGGCCACCCUCCUAAACUGUCACCCAUAUCUGUACAGUGCCCCCAUGUGUGGUAUAUUUUAUAUGUCUGAACUCUGUGUGUUCAUCUUAAUAUUUUUUUCUAUCUUGGGGUGCAGGAAGCCAUGGAGUUGCUUUGGCCUAGCUGCCUUGAGAAGCAUGGGGCAUAGAUUUUUCAGAUUAGUCAUUGUUUUCUUUACUUCAAAUAUUUUCUCUAUAGUAUCUACAUUUACUCUAUAGUAUCUACAUCGAGUAAAAUAUCAUCCAUAUAAUUGUAAACUAUAGAUUGAGAAAACUGUUCAUGGAUCAUUUCCAAUGGUUGUUCUACCAAGUAUUGUUUCAGGGUGGGGCUGUUUAAAAUCCCUUGAGAGAGUGUCCAUGGUUCAAAGUGACUUCCAGUUCCUGAGACACAUAUGCACUCUCUCAGACAGUAAAGGAUUCAGGCAACAUUGCAUUUCUCUAUGAUCCCUGAGUAGUCAAGUAACUAGGGAAGCUUGACAGGACAGUUGAUCUUAGACAUUAAUCUUGUAUAUUCUGUAUAGUUUUCAAACUUUGUUGUUUCCCAGCAACUGCAACAAUAUUGAUCCUGGAAAUUACCAUUGUAUCCUGUUUCUGAUAAAAGCAUAAAAUGUCUGAUUGCUCUCAAUAAAGUUGUCACAGUCUCA